GCCAACCGUAAACUUCGAACAGUCAAACAAUCAUAAGAAAUUAUACCGAGUUUAGCACGGCUAAUCAUAGCAAAACAUUGAGUUCUUCAGUCGUGCUUAGUGCUUACUAUAUAGUUUCUUACAUCGUGGUCUUUCGGUUCCUUGUUGGAAAAGAGUUGUGAGCCGUGUUCCUGACAAGGCAAAUGGAUACUCACAGUGGGAAAUAUCACUCGUCAUUGGGAUUUCACAUACGUAUGUCGGUUAGCGGAUCGUUCUGAAUCUGUGCCAAAACAUACCAUAUCAUAACGUGAACAAAUUAUUACCGUUUUUUUACCAUUUGAUGUUUUAAAUAAAUAUGAAAUCUUCACGUUCCACAUCUUCUAAAAUCACCAGCAGAUUUGCUAGAAGGUUAAUGUCCGAUUCGUCGGACGAUAGCGAUGAUGCAGAUUCAUCAAAUGCCCAGAUGGAUAGUGCUCGGGCGGAGAAAGCGUUUUCUCGCCGCCGACGACAGACACCUACUUCAAACAGUUCGAAUGUUACUGAUGAUUCUGUUAGUAUUAAACCUGACAGAACAUUAUUCAGAUUGUCCGAUACUGAUUCAGAAGUGUCAUGUGGAAGUAAUAGAAUUGAUAAAAAGAAAUCUUAUGAAUACAAUGAUAAAACAACUUCUCCUAAUAGCUCAGUAAAUGAAUCGAUUUUCAAACCUACAAAAAGAGAUUUGGCUAAGUAUAGAAAUAUAUUACAAUCGAGCGAUGACGAACAAUCAAAAUAUAGUAGUUGUGAUGAAUCAGGUGAYAACUCUUUGSCUAAAAAAAGUACAUCUGUAAUGGAGUCUGAUGAAAGUGGUGAAGAAUSUUUACUUGAAGAAUAUAUGGAUGAUAAACCUGAUAAAAUAAUAAAUAUUGUAGCUAAUGAAUCUUUUAAACCUCCUGGAAAGUAUAAAACCAAACAAGCUUUAAUUUUAAAUUCUAGUAAUGAAAGUCAAACUGUGACAAAGAGUGAUAUUUUUGAUGCAACCAAUUUGAAUUUGGAAUCAGAUCCAGAUAUUAUAAAUUCUCCACAAUACCAAAAUUUCAAAAUACCUGAAAAAAAAAAUCAAGAUGAAUCUCUAAUAGAAACAAAAUUGGAUGAUUUAUCUUURAUUGAACCUAGCGAUUCUGAUAAUGAUGUUUCUGUCCACCAUAAAUCAACUGUUACAUCUUCUAAACAAAUCCGGCCAUUUAUUGAUGACUUGAAAUUUUCAAACACUAUCUAUUCCUUAAAUGAUCCAAUAUCUCAAAGUAGUAUUUUAGAAUAUCCAAAUCCUGAAAAUGUAACCUCAGAGCAAUCAUCAAAAAUUAAGAAAAAUGAGAAAAUUAUUGAAACAAUUGAUUUGGUUGGCGAUAGCCCAAAAAAACCCUCUAAAUUAUGGUUACCAAAAGAACAUAAUCUAACAAUUGAUUUAACUGAAGAAAAAUCAAAUGAAAAAUCUUCAGUAUCUUCAAAAGAUAUUUCAACAGGUGAUACAAAAAAACCAAAUGAUAGAGAUUUUCAAUCCCUAAAAAUGGAAAAACUAAGAUUAGAAGAAGUUCUAAGCCGAUAUACAAAAAAUAUYGCUAACAUGAAAAACACUAUGAAAAUAACAAAUUUAAACUUAUUACCUGACGGAGGUUAUAAAUUAAAAAGAGCUAUUUCAAAAGAAGAAAGUGCAUCUAUUGAUACAAGAAAACAAUUAAAUAAUGUACUUAGAAAAAUGGAAGAUUACCCAGAAGAAUUAAAAAAAUCUCUAAAACCUCAGUCAUAUCAAUUGCAAACAUUAGAUAUUAAUAAUGCAUUGACUAAAAAGGCAGCCGGUAAUAUUGACAUUAAUGCCAUGGGAGACAAAGCUUUAAGUACUUAUCGCACACAGCAAACUAUGACUUUAGAUGUACUUAAUAGCUUGCACAAAUCAUUAGGAACCUGCCCAUCUUCAGAUAUUUUAGCUGAUGACCCACAAAAACUUAAAGUGGAACUUAUGCCCCACCAAAAACAUGCUAUUGCGUGGCUGAUGUGGAGAGAGAGUCAAAAACCUCAUGGGGGUAUUUUAGCUGAUGAUAUGGGUUUAGGAAAGACUUUGUCAAUGAUUUCUCUAGUUCUUAAAGCUUAUGAAGCUCAGAAAGACCAAGACGAAGAUUCUGAAACAGAUGAUUCUUUUGAAGACUCAAAUCUGAAUUAUCAUAAAGGUGGAACUCUUAUUGUUUGUCCAUCAUCAUUACUCGACCAAUGGGAUAAUGAAGUCAGAUCAAAAGUAAAGCCAAGAGUUUUAGAUGUAGUUAAAUAUUAUGGGCCAAAUAGAGAUUCUUCUGCUAGACGAUUGGCCAAAAAACAUAUAGUUUUAACCACAUAUCAUACGGUCAUGUGGGACCAAAAAAAUAAGAACUCGAGCCCCCUCAUWUUAUUAUUGUCAUUAACUGCUGGCGGUGUUGGUCUCAAUUUAGUUGUUGCCAACCACUUGUUUCUAGUGGAUAUCCACUGGAAUCCACAGCUUGAAGCKCAAGCGUGUGAUCGCAUUUAUAGAGUAGGACAACAAAAACCAGUCAAUGUGUACAAGUUUAUUUGUGAUAAUACUAUUGAAACAUCAAUUCAAAAAAUUCAAACACAGAAACUUGAAAUUGCUAGUACUGUUUUUGGUGGCUCUAGAAAUGUAGAAGGUUCUAAGAUAACUUUGGAUGACCUCAAACAAAUAUUCAAUAUGAACCCUAAUAAAGUUAAUCCUUAAAUUUGUUAAAUUUGUUCAUACUCUUAUACUUUGUUCUAUAAUUACGACUUAAAUUAUUUUAAACUGUAAAAGUAUUUCAUAAUUUAUGAUUUAUUUUAAUAAUUAUUACU